AUGUACUCUAUUGUUGACUCGGAGGAAUCGGAAGCAAUUUUAAAGAAAGAGGCUGGUUUGAACGAUAAUGCCACAGCUGAGGAAUUUCUCGAAUUUAAGGCGGAAGCUGCUGACGAUCCUCAUCUCUUUGCCUCUGCAUAUGAUGAAGUCUUAAAAUUUAUUGAUAAUUGCCCAGAUGAGCACAAGCUUGAGCUCUCGGGCCUCAGCUAUCCUAUUUUUGUUCAACUCUACAUGAGGCUCAUUAGUGGCGGUUAUACUAAUGAGGCGUUUCUAGCCCUCGAACUCAUGUCGAAGUACCGUAUUUAUCAGGAUGAUUUCUACCAACAGGAUAUUGAUUCUCUAGCCAACAUAACUGAAACGAAUCACCUUUUCACCAAUCCAAUAGUUGAAAUUUUUAGAGCCUCGGAUUUUUCAAUUAGCAUAGCAUCCCUUUCCCUCUCCCACUUCCGUCGAUUUAUCCGGGAAAAGGGCCUCACAAUAAUCCAAAACAUUAUGAAGGAUCAACUUCAAAUUGAAGUUGUCGACGGUCCACCUAGAGCCAGGCUACAACUAUACGCUCGUCGUGGCGCAAUUUUUGGGGAGUCGCGAAGGGAUGCGAAUACGUUACCUGUCCUCUGUGGUCUUCUUAAAGACCCUACAUCUGAACUCGAUGCAACUGAUACAAAUGAUAUGAUAAGCGCCACGCAAGAUAACGGUCAUGAGGCGACUCCCAAAAAGAAGAAAAAGAAGGAGAUGGGUUUAAUAGGAAGUAAGGCAUCCAAGUACAAUGAUUCUAAAGGACAAUUAAAAUCUCCACCUUUGGAUCGCGUACCUCUCCCGGCUAUUUCAGAAACCUAUCUUGAUCAGCGCCGUACAUUACAUAGAGAAAUCAACCAGAUAACUCGUGGCAUCCUUCAGAAUGAUGCGAAUCCAAAGACUUCCGCCCUUCUCUACACAGUCUGCAACGCCCAACCCGGUGAGUCGGCCAUAUCAAUACGACGCGGUGGUGUGGGUGCAAUGGCCUUCUCAGAGGAUAUGGGAAUGCUGGCUGGGGGUAUGGGAUCGGGUCGAAUUCGUAUAUGGGCCCUGGGUGCCCAGUCACUCCGUCAGAUGCUACCUCCUGAAAAACUCGAGGAGUUGGAUUUGAAUGACUCGAGGAUUAAAAGCAAGAUGCUACAUGAUGGUGAUGGGGAACCUCAACCGUCUCGAGAUCUCAUCGGCCAUCAAGAUGCAGUUCACGGAGUUGCCUUCUCACCUGAUGGUCAGUUAGUCGCUUCAGCAAGCGCCGAUGGGACUCUCCGUCUCUGGUCCACCAUUAUCUGGUCUGGUGCUCUCUGUGUCUGGCGAGAGCAUAUCACGCCGCUCUGGUGCGUGGAUUUUGCCCCUGUCUACGGGCACUACAUGGCAACUGGGGGUAGUGAUCGAACUGCUCGUCUUUACGCCUGUGACCAUGCACCACAGCCCUUGCGAAUCUUCUCUGGUCACAAGUCCGAUGUGACUGCAGUGGCGUUUCAUCCAAAUGUCAAUUACUUAGCUACUGGAAGUGCUGAUCGGGCUGUACGUAUCUUUGAUAUUCGCUCGGGCAAGUGUUGCCGAACUUACACUGGCCAUAAGGGCACUGUACAAUCUUUCGCCUUCUCCCCUUGUGGUCGAUAUCUUGCAUCUGGAGGUUGGUGUGGAGCCAUCUGCAUUUGGGAUAUUGGAAACGGAUCCCAAAUUGGUCAACUUGGAGGUGAUACCGCUAUGUUUGGAACAAAGAGUUCUGGUGCUACUACCGGUGCUAUAUCACCAGGAGAAAUAAUUACUGGUCCGAUUUCCUGUCUCAAGUUCUCUCCAGAUGGUUCUAAAUUAGCCAGUGGGGGAAUGGAGGGAGCUGUGCGAAUGUGGAAUAUGGGAACUAAGUUAUCAUCAGAAGAGGUUAGUUCGAACCCCUCGCUGCUAGGGUUUUACAGUGCUGCAAGGGAUGAAUCAAGCCGUGGUAGUGGAUUAUUGGAGGGAAAUAGCUACUACAAUGUGGUUGGAGGAUACGAGGUGUCGAGAAAGUGUCUACAGGAUGCGUUUUUUACACGGAAGACAACAGUUCUUGCAGUGCAAUUUGCACAUCCAUAUCUUCUCUUAACUGCGGGUCCCUUCAACCAAAUUUGA